GGUGCUCGGGUUCGAGUGCUGCUUUGGGGUGGACUGCUGGUGGCCGGUGUCGCCGCGUCCAGCUCGGUGCCACGCCCCGGCCGGUGCUGCGGGAGCCCCAGCCAUGCUGUUCUGGCAUACGCAGCCCGAACACUACAACCAGCACAACUCUGGCAGCUACCUGCGUGAUGUGCUGGCUCUGCCCAUCUUCAAGCAGGAGGAGCCACAGCUAUCUCCUGAGAAUGGGGCCCGCCUGCCACCCCUGCAGUACGUGCUGUGUGCUGCCACCUCCCCAGCUGUGAAGCUACAUGAAGAGACCUUGACAUACCUCAAUCAAGGUCAGUCAUAUGAAAUCCGACUGCUGGAGAAUCGGAAGCUAGGGGACUUCCAAGAUCUGAAUACGAAAUACGUGAAGAGUAUCAUCCGUGUAGUUUUUCAUGACCGCCGGCUGCAGUACACGGAGCACCAGCAGUUGGAGGGCUGGCGGUGGAGCAGGCCUGGGGACCGUAUCCUGGACAUUGAUGUUCCACUGUCUGUUGGUAUCUUGGACCCCAGGGCCAGCCCAACCCAACUGAAUGCUGUGGAGUUUUUGUGGGAUCCGGCAAAGAGAGCAUCUGCAUUCAUUCAGGUGCACUGUAUCAGCACAGAAUUCACCCCCAGGAAGCAUGGGGGUGAGAAAGGAGUGCCUUUUCGGGUGCAGAUUGACACGUUUAAGCAGAACGAGAAUGGGGAAUACACAGAGCAUCUCCACUCUGCCAGCUGCCAGAUCAAGGUGUUCAAGCCAAAGGGAGCUGACCGGAAACAGAAAACCGACCGGGAAAAGAUGGAAAAAAGAACAGCUCAGGAGAAGGAGAAGUACCAGCCAUCCUAUGAAACCACCAUCCUCACGGAGUGCUCUCCGUGGCCUGAUGUAGCCUACCAGGUGAACAGUGCUCCAUCCCCAAGCUAUAAUGGCUCUCCCAACAGCUUUGGCCUCGGUGAAGGCAACAGCUCACCUACGCACCCCGUGGAGCCCUUGCCCCUGGGCAGUGAUCACCUGCUCCCCUCAGCCUCUAUCCAGGAUGCCCAGCAGUGGCUGCACCGCAACCGCUUCUCACAGUUCUGCCGGCUCUUCGCCAGCUUCUCGGGUGCUGACCUGCUGAAAAUGUCUAGAGAUGAUUUGGUCCAGGUUUGUGGCCCUGCAGAUGGGAUUCGACUCUUCAAUGCCAUCAAAGGCAGGAAUGUGAGGCCAAAGAUGACCAUCUAUGUCUGUCAGGAGAUGGAGCAGAACCGACUACCCUUGCCACAGGAGCAGGAUGGCAGCGGGGACAAUAGCCUGUUUGUGUACCACGCCAUCUUCCUGGAAGAGCUGACCACCCUGGAGCUGAUCGAGAAGAUCGCCAGCCUGUACAGCAUCCCCCCACAGCACAUCCACCGGGUUUACCGGCAGGGCCCCACUGGCAUCCAUGUGGUGGUGAGCAAUGAGAUGGUUCAGAAUUUCCAAGAUGAGUCUUGCUUUACGCUCAGCACGUUGAAAGGACACCUAGAUCCCACUGUACACAUGCCCACGCCAGUGUUUCUCUUGCAGCAGAGAGCAAUGACGGCUACCACAUCAUCCUGAAGUGUGGACUCUGAGCAGCCGCCACCUGCACCUGUCCCCACCCCAUGGACCCCUGGCUGUAGAAGUCACACCAAUGCCAGCUGCUGUUUCACCUAAGGAGCUCAGACUAGGAGGGGCUCUGCCCAGACCAGGAAAGCUAACGACAGCCGUGGACACCAAGUCUGCCAUGCAGAAAGCCAGUGGCUGCCUUCUUUCUUCUCUUGGCUUUCAAAAGUCCCUCGUUCUGUUUCCCAGGCAGACAGUGGGGGCAUACAUCUCUUACACUGUAGGUGGCGGCUCCUCAGUUGAUGCUUCCCCUGUUCCGCACCUCCUUCUUGGGCCACUGGCUUCAUGGCUAGCUCUGCCAACCAGGGACACCUUGCACAGCUCCCCUACCCUAAUGCCGACGUCCCUUCCAGGUGACCCUGGUGGUGACCUCUCUCCUGUUCUUGGAUGAAUUACUAGGACUGGGGCUAUUUAUUUUGUGCCUUCCAACUCUUUCUCGGUUGCCUUGUUUCUAAAGAUUUGCUCCAGUCAAACCUAGCAGCCUGUGCACGUUUCUGCCUUGACAUGGUAGAUUCCACAGUGCACCUGUGUGACCUCUCAUGGGCACUGUGUUCAGUUCAUUUUCUGUGCUAUAAUAAGGUACCCUGGCAAAGGCAACUAAACCAGCCAGGGCUUGUUUGGGAUUUUAGAGUGUUAAAGUCAUAGAUUCCAUACACGAAGGAUGCAGAGGGGAGAGAGAAUUGUAUGUGAAAAAGAAGUAGUACAAUGUUACAGGCCCUCAGUGCCCACCCCCAGUGUCAUACGUCCUCAGACAACACCCCCAGCUGGGACCACGUGUUCAAAUACACGAGCCGAUGAUGUAUUUCACACCACACCUUUUGCCCCAUGUGACCUCUCCCAGAUGCUAAUUAGGGCGGCAACUGCUUAGGAGGAGAUAGCACAGAACUUGCUCACCAGCAAAGCGGGAUGAGAACAAAAUGAUUCUUCUUGGGGUACUACAGUGUAGAAUACCGAAGAGAUGUGGAUUGCAUUGGAUCCAGUGACCUUGACCAUCAGUUUAGAACUCUGGCUUGGAGCGUGGCUCCUAGCAAGUAUGCAAUACUGGGUACUAUCCCAGUACUGCAGCAGGAGGGAUUUGUGGAAUUUCUUUUUCUUUUUUUUUUUUUUUAGGUUUUUCAAGACAGGGUUUCUCUAUUUAACAGUUCUAGUGGAACUAGCUCUUGUAGAUCAGGCUGGCCUUGAACACCUGCCUCUGCCUCCCAGUGUUGGGAUUAAAGGCUUGUGCCACCACUGCCUGAUGGAAGUCCCUUGAGACAGCCUUGGUGGGUCAGAUCUCCUAGGGGAGGUGUCUUCUCUGCAUUGUUCUAACUUAAGAGUGUCUUAAUUUUCCCAAUUGUAGGUGUCUAUUUAGGGUACUGUCUUGUUGCUAUGCUUAAGUCACCUUUUAAAAAAUACUGAUUUUUAUUGAGCUCUACAUUUUUCAUUGCUUCUCUUCCUUCCUCUCCCUUCCCUUUCUACCCUUUCUCUUGGUCCCCAUGCUCCCAGUUUACCCAGGAGAUCUUGUCUUCUACUUCCCAUGUAGAUUAGAUCUAUGUAAGUCUCUCUUAGUUUCCUCGUUGUCUAAAUUCUCUGGGAUUGUGGUUUGUAGGCUGGUUUUCUUUGCUUUAUGUUUAAAAACCACCUAUGAGUGAGUACAUGUGAUAAUUGUCUUUCUGGGUCUUGGUUACCUCACUCAAUAUGAUGUUUUAUAGCUCCAUCCAUUUGUCUGCAAAAUUCAAAAUGUCAUUAUUCUUUUCUUCUGUGUAGUACUCCAUUGUAUAAAUGUACCACAUUUUCCUUAUCCAUUCUUCGGUCAAGAGGCAUUUAGGUUGUUUCUGGGUUCUGGCUAUGACAAACAAGGUUGAGCACAUGCCCUUGUGGCACAAUUGAGCAUCCUUUGGGUAUAUACACAAAAGUGGUAUUACUGGGUCUUGAGGAAGGUUGUUUCCUAAUUUUCUGAGAAAUUGCCAAACUGACAUCCAAGAGGCUGUACUAGCUUGUACUCCCACCAGCAAUGCAGGAGUGUUCCCUUCACCCCACAGCCUCUCCAGCAUAAGUGUUUUUGAUCUUGGCUGUUUUUACAGGUGUAAGAUGGAAUCUUUGAUUUGCAUUUCUCUCAUGUAAGUCACCUUUCUUAACCAUGGGACGUCUGAGGACUGGUAGCUGUGGUAGACUGAGGACUCCUUCCUAAUCCACGUUCCCCAAAACAUGGUGAGCCCUCUGACCACCAGAGCUCUUGUGGGAUACACGUCUAGGCUCAAAGGUCACCAGGUUUUGGCAAACAUAGUUUUAUAGGCAGAGGAACUGUUCUUACAGUGAGGCUGGGCUCUCUGCCUUUUGCGAGUGUGUGGGUGGGGCCAACAGCUUUAUUGAGAUGUUGGGAAAAGUACUUAGUUCCUACAAUAACUUUGCCUCUUUGUGAGAAGCUGCCCCAUGUUUCCCAUAUAACUGUACCUGUUUACCUUCCCACCAGCAAUGGACGGGUUAAGUUUCUCUGCCUCCUCACCCUACGGAAGCUGUGCUUGCUCUCCCUCUCCGUCCCUCCCUUUCAUGUAAGAGUUCAGUCUGGCCUCUAAGUCACCAAGCAGAAGAGGGUAAUAGAACUUGUGACCCUUCUAACUGCACCUAAUUUAUUCAGCACUGGAUGGGAUCCAGGGCUUUGUGCUUGCUAAGCCACUAACUUGAGUCUAACCAACUAAGUCACUCUCCUUGAGUUGAUCUUUUUGAUACAAUAUCCUGCAGGUGUCUUGUAUUUCUCGGAUGGCUAAUGACGUUCAACCAAUCUCUUCACAUGUGGAUUGGUCAUUAUGUCUUUGAGGAAAUGUCUGUUCAGGUCCUUUGCCCAUUUUUAAAUUGUGCUGUGUUUUCAUUGAAUUGUCCAAAUUUUUGGGAAAUUCUAGGUGAGGCCCUUUAUCAGUUUUGUUCUAUUCUGAAGGUUGUCUUCACCGUCUUAAUGAUGUUCCUUGAGGUGUACAAGCUUGUAACUUGGUUGGACUUGGUGGUAUCCACCAACACUCCAAUACUCAGAGGCUCCCAAGCCCAAGGCCAGCUCAGCCUACAUAGUGAGACCCUGACUCAGAAACAAUUAUUAUUAUUAUUUUAGUUUGUGAUGACUGAGUUACCUACGUCUAUUGUGCUUUUGAUGUGGAUGCUAAAAAACCAUGACCUAAUGGAAACUCAGGAAAAUCAGUGUCUGUUUUCUUCUAAGAAUUUUUGAAGUUUUAGUUGUUAGUAUAUUCUAUUCUCUGUUUCAUUUUAAAUUGGUUUUAUAUAUGUGGCGUGUGUGUGUGUGUGUGUGUGUGUGUGUGUGUGUGUUGGGGAGGGGUUCAGUUCCAUCCUUUUGCUUGUGAGCAUCUGCUUUUUUAUCCCUAAUUACUGAAAGACCUGGACUUUCCCAUUGCCUGGUGCUUUUUCUGGAGGCCUGUUUCCUGGAUCUCUCUGGGAUGGUGUAGUCUCUGCUGCUCUCUUCCUGGGUCUCUCUGGGAUGCUGUAGUCUCUGCUGCUCUCUUCCUUCCUCCUUCUCGUCUGCACCUGGGGCUCCUGCUCUUACAGUCACCUCACUGCCCUGUGUUCUCUCUGUCCUUGUCCGCAGGGCUGGGUGACACUCCUCUGUUCUACUACCUUUCCUGGUGCACGACCUACCCUCCCUAAGGCCACAGCCAGUCAUUUCCAUGUUUCCACGUUUUCAUCAAGAGGCAACUAAGUCACUUAGAACAGUUAGCUCAGGGUCCAACACUGGAAGGAGCAGAACUAGAUUUUGGGCCUCUGACUUUCAGCCCAUCGAGGUAUCUGUGGCCACUGUACCCAGGUGAUAGUUCUACAUGUGCCACGUGAACAGAGACUAAAUUUUAACUCUGAGAAACGGGGGUGUUGACACCUUUCUUUCUAAGUUCCAGAUCAGGCCUAAAUGGAGAGCAAAAGUGGCAGAUGGUGUGGGAAGUCCCAAGUCUUGUCCUGGGCUCUGUGUUAGUUAUUUUUCUCACUGUUGUUGUCUGACUUAAAGCAGCGUAAAGCAGGAAGGGCUUGUUCUGGCUCACAGUCUGAGCCUGCAGCCCAUCCUGGCAGGGAAGGCAGGCGGCAGGAGCCCUAGCCCAGGGAACUUCAGGGUGGGUCCUCCCACCUCAGUUAGCUAAUCCAGAAAGCGCCUCACACACUUACCAUGACCAAGAAGAUGGUUUUCCCAUGGGGAGGUUGCCUCUUCAUGCUCUGGAUGCCUGGCUUCUGAUUUCCCCCAAACACAGAACUUGACUGCAUAGUUUUUCUUGCUCUCGCUUAGUAAAUUAAAAGGAUAGAAAUGAAAACCCUCACAGACAUACCCAGAGGUCUGUUUCCAUGGUGAUAUCAAAUCCCACCAAGUUGACAAGAUGAAUCAUUGUGGGGGUCUAGAGAAAAGUCAGGUGUUGUCCUAGUGACCUUUUACCCAGUCUGCCUGGAGCCCCUUGAGCAGAGCUAUUAACUUAGAGAGAUCCUUACCGGGAAAAAGCAGGAACCCACACGCUUGUCACCAGUUCCUAAGUCCAGCGUUGCUUCAGGGGCUGGCCCAAGUGACUGAAGUUCUGAAAAUCAUUAACAUGUUAGUGUAAGAAAUAGAAAGCCUCUUUAGCUGCUGUCAGUGGAAAGUUGAGGUUGGUGGGGGCAUGAGGAAUUGAAUGUGGGCACUGUUCUAGGUACACUGGAGGGACAGGACCAAAAGUCAAGGGUCCCAGGCUGCAUCAUGAGUGACGGUCUCCCUUUAUAAAAGGUGAACAGCAUAUCCCCUUGGUAGAGUGUUUUCCCUGGGCUUGAACCCCAGCUCUGCCCCCCAAAUGAAAUAAGCACUGACUUGGAGACCUCAGAACGUGGAAACAGCAGGUGAAUCUGAGUGGGGUCAAGGCCUUAGCGUUGUUUCCCAUUCAUCAAAGUCAGGCGUAGGCAGGUGAGGCGACCUUGGCUUGUCCUGGGUGUGCACAGUAGCACUGGUGCUGUGGCUGCUCACCAAGCCCCAGGCCUUCCCCACCGACUGCGACUGCAGCUACAUGAGUGUGUGCGCGUGCGGGCACACUCACAUGUGCACCUCUGAACACGGGUGCUGCUGUCAUCCAAGCUAGUCUAUUUGGCCAGUAUGGAAAGUUCUUACCCUUUUUCUCCUCCACUUUCCUUCUCUUUACCCCUUAAAGACAGGGCCACUAGGCCCGAGAACCAGUAAGAUCUUGGGAAGUAUCCUGGUUCCCUGUCAAAGCCAGUUCCCUUUACAAGCUCCCCAAAUCCUACCAGUCUUAAUGGAAGAUUCUGCUGCGGUCCCCGCCAGCCAGGCACUCCUGUAAACCCAUGGUAAAGCACUAACACACCCUGGCCUGCACCAUCAGGCUGUUUUUCCUAAGGGCUAGAAUGAUGGGGUCUCUGCUCCUUUCCUUCCAGGAAGCACCCCCAGCUUUCUACAUGUUCACAAGUCAGUCUGUUUCUGUCACCGAUUGGAUAAUAGAGAACAUUGUCUUCAAACCUAGUUUAGGAAAUGAUAGCCCUGUCAUCAAAAAUUAUACUAAAUUACUGUUGUUUGAAUUGCUUAUGUUAAAUCAUGCAGGACUGGGGUGUGGCUCAUGGCAAGAGUACUUUCCAACUGUGAUUAAGGCCUGGGUUCUAUCCCCAGCAGCAUACAUCUGUGGAGAGCUGGGUGUAGUGGUGCAAACCUGUAAUGCCUAUCUCGUGGUGAUGCUGGGACUGGAAUAUAGUACUGUAAUUGGUUUGAGGCCAGUCUGGGCUAUUUUAAAAAAUAGAAUUUUGUUUUCUCUUGUGCCAACAUAAUUUUACCUCUUGGGCUUUAAAUACUGAAAAUAUUUACUCCCUAAACCCUCCUUCUUUAUAUUUGUUAUGUUUUGUUUUGCAGUGAUAGGGAGCAAGCUAGAACCCAGGGGCUCACACUUGAGGCAAGUGUUCUACCACUGAGCUAGUUCCUAGCUCCUGAGAUUGAACCCAGAGAGUCUCAAACCUGCAAAGUAAACCCCCUGCUACUGACCUGCACACCUAGCCUCUCCCCUUUGGAUUAUUUAAAGACAGUCUCAGGUGUUAGGGACUUUCUUAAAUAACAAAUGCAUUCUGUAUAAACUUAGAAGUAGAUGGUAUAUUCAGAGAAGUCUAGAAUGCUCCUUGUCUUCUGUGUGUCUCAUUCUGGAAAGUUCUGAACUUCACUUAGCUUCCACGGACUCUGCCCAAUCCCUCCAUGGGAGUACAGAGGUCUCUUCCUCAAAUGCCCCCGGCUACCUGGAGCCCUGCUCAGCCUUUGUCAUGGUUCCCUGGCCAGGGUUGGAUAGAAGAAAGGACUUUUUGUGCAGUAUUCACAAGCUGUAAGGGGUGGCGAUGGUCUGAGCUGCUCACUAGAGCCCGUCCUGGAACAGGUAGGCAGAUUUUAACUGGUGCCUUGACUAAAGCCCUGUUAGCGUAGCAUCCCUGGAGCCUGCAGACGCCUCCCAUGUGUGCUGGUCCCUCCUGCAGGGUUGUGAGUGCCGGGGCAGCUUCCUGCCUUCCUUGGACCCAGAUUUCUUCUGGGUCUGUUCUCACAGGACAGUGUGUGUCCUCCAGCGAUGCUUAUCUUUAUCUUUCAACUUUUUUUCCCCUUGGCUUUUCCACCUGUCUCUGCCUCCAGGUGUGCUACCACUGCCCACCGGCUCUCUGUUUUCUGCCGGCAACAGGCACUCAGAACCUCCCUCUCCUGUGUUCUACUUAGACAAACCUCAUCGAGUUUGCCCAGGUUUCUAGCCAAGGAAACCAUUGAAAAGUCAGGACAGACCCAGGUCAUUACACUACAGCAGUUUGAGCAUCCUGUUUCCCAGCUCUAGAAUUCCGAUGCUAGGACUCAUGGGGCAGGUCACAUUUAAAACAUGGGUCCACUAUAAACAGAAUUACCCUUGGGCCGUGUGCACAGCGUAUGCAGAAACACAAAUGGGUUUUGUAUUUAGAUGUAAGUCCCAUCCCCAAGAUAAACACAUUAUGCAUCAGUAGCUAAGACCCAAACCCACCCUGAUCUUGGGGUUUGAUCUGGAAUGUACAGCCUGUAAUGGCCUGAGCCAGGAUGAGUGAGUGUCUGGCAUCCAGUCCAGGUCCCAUCCAGGCCCUGUCUGUUAGGUGUCCGGAGGCUUUGUCCUUGGGCUGGUAGUACUGCUGGAGAGAGCUUUAUGGGGCUGGAGUACUAAAAACAAGCAAAGGGGGCUGUCUCAUGCACUGACCCAUCUUCUGCUGGGUAUUUACUGUCUUCUUUUCUAUCCAUGCUUCACGUGAUUCUCUCCUGAGGCAUACCUUCUUCCUCCAGAUGGGGUGAUUAUUUUCUAACGGUGGUGGGGAAUUUUGGGGAGUGGUCCAGAUCCGUCAAAUGUGUGCGACAGGUCAUGGGGAGGUGGCCAUGGAAACCCAAGUUGUCAUAAUGCUAUUGUUGUUUUUGUACCUGAAAUAAAGCAUAUUUUGCACUUGUAAAUGAGAAAUCUGUAUGUGGUCUCUGUGCUGGGUCAGAAUG